AUGAACAUUUGGGAAGUGAUCCUGGCUUUCUCGGUUGUGGUCCUGAUCCUCGUGUCGUUGCUGUCCAACGUGCUGGUGCUGAUCUGCUUCUUGUACAGCGCCGACAUCCGCAAGCAGGUCCCGGGAUUGUUUAUCCUCAACUUGACCUUCUCCAACUUGUUGAUGACUGUCUUGAACAUGCCCCUGACCCUGGCUGGGAUCAUUUACAAGAAUCAACCGGGGGGAGAUCAGUUUUGCCACAUGGUGGGAUUCCUGGAGACUUUCUUGACCACGAACUCCAUGCUGAGCAUGGCAGCGCUGAGCAUAGAUAGAUGGAUAGCUGUGGUCUUCCCUCUAAGUUAUCACUCCAAAAUGCGGUACAAAGAUGCUGCUCUGAUACUGAGCUACACGUGGCUACACUCUGUGUCCUUCCCUAUAGUGGCAGCUUCUCUCUCCUGGGUGGGUUUCCAUCACCUUUAUGCCUCCUGCACCCUGUACAACAACAGAUCCGAGGAGAGGACACAGUUUGUGAUUUUCAGUGGGGUCUUUCACAUCCUCAGCUUCCUCCUCUCCCUCGUAGUGUUGUGUUUCACCUAUCUAAAAGUGCUGAAGGUGGCACGGUUUCACUGUAAACGGAUUGACGUGAUUACUAUGCAGACACUGGUGCUGCUGGUGGACAUCCAUCCCAGCGUACGAGAGCGUUGUCUAGAAGAACAAAAGAGACGGCGGCAACGAGCAACAAAGAAAAUCAGUACCUUCAUUGGUACUUUUAUACUUUGUUUUGCACCUUAUGUAAUUACAAGACUGGUAGAAUUAUCUUCCGUAGUCCCCAUCAAUUCUCACUGGGGAGUCAUUUCCAAGUGCUUGGCUUACAGCAAAGCUGUUUCAGACCCUUUUGUGUACUCUUUAUUACGACAUCAGUACAAGAAGACAUGGAAGGACAUAAUAAACAAGAUUCUUAAAAGAAGCUCCAUAAAUUCCUCAGCCCUCACAAGCGAAUCGCACAAUCAGAAUAUAUUGCAAACAACUGAAUGA